GUUCUAUGUAUGAUCCUGCACCUUCUGGAAACAUUUCAUCUGCCACAAGAGUCGGCUUCAUAAUUAAUCAGUUUUAUUCUGAAUGUUAACAACAAAAAGCACUCUUCUUCUAUCAUUUAACAACAAACAACAAAUUUUAAGAUAUGGAUUAAUACUUAUGUUACCAUGAAACGAAUGAACUGCCAUCUGAUGGAAUUUUUAUUAUCUACAAUUAUAACCUUAUAGUGUAUCCAGUGAAAAUAUAAUAUACUGAUUAUUAUUUAAAGAAUAAUAUUGUGUGCUUUUAUCAAAUAAAAUAAAUGUGAUUCCAAUCAAUUUGUUGUGAUUUUCAUAGCUUAUGCAGAUUCGUGUAUGAUCGCAUAUAAUAUAUAUAUACAUAUAUAAGUACAUAUAUAUAUGUCCCGGUGGAGUUCAUACUAGCACGAGUUAAAACUAAUAAAAGAAAAUAUAAUAUAAAAAAAAUUAUUUAUUAUUAUUUGUAACAUUUAAUAAUGCGAUGGUCACUUCCGAAACCAGUCUAUUAUGCAUCGAUGAUUGCAACUACAGUUGGUGUAACGUAUCUAACAAAAGAUUAUUUUGGUGGGAAAAAGUAUGAAGGAGAAGAGAAUUUAGAAGGUAAAGUUAUCAUUGUUACUGGUGCUAAUUCUGGUAUUGGUAAAGAAACAGCUCGUGCAUUUGCUGCACGAAAUGCUAAAGUUAUCUUAGCUUGUAGAAAUAAAGAAAGAUGUGAACAGGCACGCAAAGAUAUUGUUAUUGAAACAAAAAAUAAACUUGUUUAUUGUAGAAAAUGUAACUUGGCAUCUCAAGAAAGUAUACGGAACUUUGUUACUCGAUUUAAAAAUGAAAAUUCUGAACUCCAUAUACUUGUUAAUAAUGGUGGUGUAAUGCGGUGUCCAAAAAGUUAUACAAAAGAAGGCAUUGAAAUGCAACUAGGAGUAAAUCAUAUGGGACAUUUUUUACUUACAAAUUUAUUAUUAGAUGUUUUAAAACAAUCUGCACCAUCUAGAAUUAUAAAUGUUUCAAGUAAUGCACAUUUAAAAGGAAAACUUCAAGUCAAAGAUUUAAAUAGUACAGAAAAGUAUGAUCCUUACGAAGCAUAUGCCCAAAGUAAAUUAGCUAAUGUUUUGUUUACAAGAGAAUUGGCAAAGAGACUAAAAGGAACACAAGUUACAACUAACGCAGUUCAUCCAGGGAUUGUCGAUACAGAAAUAACAAGACACAUGACAUUAUUUAAAAAUCUUUACUUUAAAUAUUUUAUUAAACCAUUUAUAUGGCCUUUUAUAAAGUCACCUAAACAAGGAGCUCAAGCAAUUUUACAUGUUGCAUUAGAUCCUAAGCUUGACAAUAUCACAGGCUCUUAUUUUAGUAAUAAUGAAGUUGCUAAUAUUUCUGAUGAAGCUAAAGAUGAUAAAUUAGCAAAAUGGUUAUGGCUAGUUAGUGAAAAAUGGACGAAAUUAAAUGUUACUUAAUAUAAUAAAUGUAACAUCGUUUUAAUUAAAAGGAAAUUAAUGUAAAAAAUAAAUUUUUAUUUCGUCAUGAUAAUUUCACUUAUACUGUUAUAUUUUUAUUAAAUAAAUUUUCUAGUCGCAAAAGUGAUUAUAAAAACUGCUUUUAAUGAUUAAAUAAUCAUUUGUCACGAAUAUUUUUUAAACAAGUUUCUUAUUUCAAUACUGAUUUUAGGUAACGUAUCGUCUUCUUUUCGAAAAGAAAUAAAGGCAAAUAAACGCAAAUAAGGUUUAUAUAUUUCCUUUCUGCUAUUUAUAUGUUUAUCACGAAUUAUUAUUAAUAUUUAUAAAACAUAACCUUAACAUUGUCGAUAUACGCAAUUACCUAAUAAAUAAGACAAUUAUUUUAUAUUCAAGACGAUUCGAUAAGAGUAAUAAAUAUACGAUACUAAUUACCGACAGAGUAAAAAAUAUAUGCGAUAUAUUCUUUAAAUAAAUGUAAAAUAAUCGAAAAUAUUAAUUAUAUAUAUAAGAAUAAAGAAACUUACGACACACACUCUUCGAAGUACAAAGGACGACUGAGUUGAUAUCUUCGGAAUCACUGGUGUUUAUAGUUGUUUACGUCACUGGCGGGCGUAUAUACAAAUUUAAAUUUCAUAUUUAAUUAAAUUCUACAUUAAAACUACUUUGUAAGAUACAUUAAUAAUACAUAAUAAAUAUAAUAUAUAAUUAUU